AUGAGUGCCGCCCAGCCAAACGGCAUACCAAAUGACCAAACUAUCGAUGAUAGAGCACCUCCAGUAGUGGGAAUUAACUUUGGGCCUGUGGCUAAAGCUGCUCAACAGGAUUAUGCACCUGAUUGUAUUGCAAAUGAGGAUGGAGAACGUCAAAUUGCUACCGCAUUGUCUUUUUAUGGCGAAGAAGUGGUGCGUAGAGAUACAUCCACCAAGGAUAAAAACUUAAGAAUGCCAGCAAGAUAUACAGAUGUAGCACACGUUAAGACUGCUGCAGCCCCUGUGAUCGAUCAUCAAGGGGAACCAUCGUUUAAUGUUCAAGUUUUGGAACCGGCUCCGGCAGUCCCCUCAUUGCAACCAACUCCCAGAGGAUCGCAUGCGGCCACACCCCUGCAAUCACCUCCACCAGAACUGGCGGAACCAACUUACACCACAAAAAAUUUAACCGUUUCCGCAGUAGCGACGAUCGUGAUACAAUCCUUGGUCAAUUCUGCUGCAGACUUCCUGGGCCAGCGGAUUCAAGGGGCAGUCAUUACAGUCCCCACUCACUUCUCCCAGGAAGCCAGACAGGCUCUAAGAAAAUCAGCCGAAGCUGCGGGGGUCCAUGUUUUACAGCUUUUGGAUGAUGCUGCAGCUGCUUCGUUGGCGUAUUCCUCGCUCGAGAAGCCACCAUCUCGUGAUCGGACCUCACUCAUUCUCGACCUGGGGGCUUCUGCCUUAGAUCUCACCCUCCUGUCAAUCAAGCAAGGUCUUGCUCACUCUCUUGCGUCUUCACAUACGCCAGAUAUAGGCGGUGAUGCCAUUGAUGACAAGCUUGUGGCCUUUUUUGCGAAGGAAUUCACGAAGAAGACAAAAGUCCAGCUUUCCCCUACAAGUACCCAAGCUGCCGAUUUGCGUGCCCUCACAAAAUUGAGGCUUGCUGUGGAACAUACAAAGCGAACACUUAGCGCCAGUCCUGGUGCUGCAGCCUGCAGCGUCGAAUCCCUCAAAGAUGGGCUUGAUUUUAGCGGUACCAUCAACCGGCUACGAUUUGAUGUUGAAAUGAAGGGAAUUUACGCCGCAGUUGCAGACGCUGUCAAGCAGCUAUUGGAGUCUCUGAACAUGGACAAUACUCUUCUGGACGAAGUCAUUUUAGUUGGAGGCACAGCAUUAUUACCUGGUUUGACCAGCCAAUUGGCUAAUAUCUUGCAUGAUUCGACCGAAAUUCGGUCAGAGAUCGAUCCAUCUCAAGUUCUAAGUCGUGGUGCCGCAGUUCAAGCUGGCGUCCUCGCCUCGCUGUCCCCGAACGACCCCUUAUUAGCCGCUUUCGAAGAGGAUGCCACUGUUCUCGAUGCCCAAGUCACCACUAAGGCAUUAGGGAUCUAUUUACCCCAAGAAGGCUCGGAAGACGGCUCAUCUGAACACUACAUACAGGUCAUCGCCGCUGAAACCCCCUUACCUGCUCGAAGAACCGUAUCUUUCACAACUCACCUAACUGAGGGAAACGAAAACGGUGAAGUUGGCCUCGAAGUUUGGGAAGUUAAGGACACUGUCAAGAUAGAAAAGACAAAGCUCGAGGUGGAUCCGGAAGAUGAAGAGGAAGAAGAGCCCGAGGAAAUUGAAACGAAGGAGCGAGUAGUGGAGAAGGAGUCCUUCCUAGGGUCUCUGAAACUACCCGUGGUUGGGAUGAGGGUAGGAAAGAAGAAGAAAGGGCCAUUGGAAGCGACUAUCAUGGUUACGUUUAUAGUGGCUCCGAACCGAAGUGUGGAG